CAUAAUUGUGCUUGAUGUCAAGGCUGGCGACUCUCCAGGUUCAGAUUUGUCUCCGCAUUUGCUUACGUCGUGUGCGGGUGCCAUUCUGUUGCCUCCUGCAGUUUGUGGUUCAAUAGCUCGCAGCAGAAGCCAAAGGACAGUCGACCUGCGUGCUUUGAUUGGUUAUCGUGACUAGGGUUUCAGUGGGAGAGGAGAUUUCGGAUCGCCUCAGCCAUGACGACCAAUACUGUGCGAGUGACCAAUAUCUCAGAAAAAGCCACUGCGCAUGAUAUUCAUGACUUUUUCUCAUUUUCUGGAGAGAUUGUUAAUAUUGAGCUUCAGAGGAGCAAUGAUUCACAGAUUGCUCUUGUGACAUUCAAGGAGCCUCAAGCUUUAGACACUGCCCUUCUUCUCUCGGGGGCUACCGUCGUGGACAGAGCAGUCAACAUCACCCCGCUGGAAGAUGAACUACCUCCAAGCAAUAAUCCCAUUCCAAGAGAACAAGCGUUUGAAAAUGAUGGGGGUUAUGGUGGAUCAAGUUCACAAACUUCAAACCAAGCAGUCGAUGUUGUUGCUACAAUGCUGGCACGAGGUUUUAUUCUUGGAAAGGAUGCCCUUUCUAAGGCGAAGGAGUUUGAUGCGAAGCAUGAUCUUUCAGCAAGCGCCAAAUCCUCGGUAGUGAACUUUGACAAGAAUACUGGGAUCAGUGAGAAGUUGAAUGCAGGGACUGCUGUUGUAAAUCAGCAGAUGAAAGCUGUUGAUGAGAAGUACCAAGUUUCGGAGAAGACUCGGGCUGUCUUGGCUGUUGCCGAAGAGAAGGUUAGCACUGCGGGGUCUGUUCUCAUGAAUAAUCGCUACUUAUUGACAGGCGCACGUUGGGUUACUGGGGCAUUUUCAAGAGUCCAGAAAGUUGCUGCUGAAGUAAGUCAGAAGACCAAAGAGAAGGCUGGCAUAAUGGAAUCAGAGCAUAACAUUGGUAAUUUGCAUGAAAACGUUCGCGCAGCAGCAGCACCUACUUAUCCAAGCUCAGAACGAGCUACUCUUUCUCCACCUUUUGCGAUAGAUUCCUCUGGUUCUCAGUAUCCUAACUUUGGCUACAAUCAUUAUGCUCCUCUACAUUCAACAGAACAACGUUCAACAAGGGACUCUUCUUCUCGUGACCUGAUUCUGUGAAGAACCUGUUAACACUUAGAGAUAUUUUUGAAAGUAAGCUGUAGGUGGCAAGGCUAGGGAAAUAAGGUUUCAAUUUUUGUGGUUAUAAAGCUUUCGAAGCUGAAGCUAACUUUAUCCAUUUUUUGUAAGUCGGACGUGGACAAACAACAGGUGACCUUGUAUUAUAUUGUGCAUAGUAUACUUUUGUACUGAAAGGGCGUCCAGCAUAAAAAUCAUUCACAUUGUGCUACAUAAUCAACGCCCCAGCUUCAUUUUCGUGCUGAGGUGAUCUCAAAUGCA